AUGGAACAACAACCUAACAAUCCAACAACAGUCAGCAUGGCACAUUCAGUACCUAUUCGCCCAAUGCCCGAGUUUAAUCCCGACGCUGAACUUGGCGCGAGCGUCGCUACACGUUGGAAAAACUGGGUCGCAGACUUUGACAUGUUUCUCCUGGCUAGUGGCGUUACAGAUCCUAAACGACAACGAGCUUUGUUGCUAUACCAAGCUGGCGCAAGAGUGCGCGAAAUCUUUAAACAACUGCCUGACACUGGCGAAGACAAAGACUAUGAUAUUGCCAAAGCGAAAUUACUUGCCCAUUUCGAACCGCAGAAAAACAGACGUUACGAGGUGUAUCGAUUUCGAAAGGCUGUGCAAGAACCAAGGGAAACUCUCGAUCAGUUCCACACCCGGCUUCGAACUUUAGCCCAAACUUGCGAGUUCGCAUCGCCAGAUUUCGAACUCGAAGAACAAAUAAUUAUUGGAGGGGCCUCUUCGAAAAUCCGCAAACGUGCGUUGCGUGAUCCAAGUUUUAAUCUAGCUGCCAUGCUCUUAGAAGGCCGCCGAGACGAACAGAGCAUUUUCCAAGCUAAAGACAUCGAAUCGACAUCGCCCGACAGCGCAACGAGCACCUUUGACGAAAUUGACGCUCUCUACAGACCGACGGGAUGUCGCAAUUGUGGUGGAUCUUUUCCUCACAAAGGUCUUUGCCCCGCGAAAGGCAAACAGUGUCGAAAGUGUGGCAAACUUAACCAUUUUCAAAGCGUUUGUCGAAGCAGACCUAUUGCACAACCAAGUGGCAGUAUCGCACAGCAAGACUCCACUCAGAAUUACCAUAGCAACGCCACACGAAACCUGAUACGACCCCUCGAGCAUUACAACACCGGUGACUCAGACCCGUGCUCAGACGACGAUUAUAUCUACGGAAUUCACAGCCUCGAUAAAAGCCCUCGAGUUAACGUGACAGUGGGUGGCCAUUCGUUUAGCACAAUAGUUGACACAGGCGCAACUAUAAAUGUGAUCGAUGAACGCACAUAUAAGACUUUGCGCGGUAUCUUUCUACAAAAGACAACAACGAAAGCAUUUGCGUACAACUCUACAACCCGGGUACCGUUCCUUGGGAAGUUUACAGCAACUGUCGAAACGCGCCGAAAAAUUACCGCGGCGACCUUUUAUGUCGCACAGGGUUCAACAAGCGGAAACCUCUUAUCCUUGUCAACAGCCCAAGAACUGGAUCUCGUCAGUCUUCACCUCAACAACAUUUCCAAACCUUUGCCGCAAAAUCCUAAUAAAGAUCCCAAAAUCAAUGACAUUCUCGAGAGAAAUGCCAAAGUUUUCGACGGAUUGGGAAAACUGAAAGGACAGACCGUCCACCUAAACAUUGAUCCCAAUGCUAAUCCUAAAGCUCAACCUCAGCGCCGCAUCCCUUACCACAUCCGAAACAAAGUUAAAGAUGCAAUCAUAACCCUUGAAAAAGACGACAUAAUCGAACGAGUGCCUGAAGAUGAACCAACCCCCUGGGUCUCUCCUAUUGUCGCCGUGCCAAAAAAAGACGGCGGAGUGCGUAUUUGUGUUGACAUGCGACAAGCGAAUGAGGCGAUCAAAAGGGUCCGACACCCGAUACCUACGGUUGAUGACGUAAGAUUUGAACUGAACGGCGCGAAAUAUUUCUCGAAAUUGGACUUAUCCCAGGCGUACCACCAACUCGAACUCGAUCCGAAAAGCCGACAUAUCACCACAUUUAGUACAAACAUCGGGCUAUAUCGCUAUAAACGUUUAAAUUAUGGGACAAACGCUGCCGCCGAGAUUUUCCAAUACACGCUUCAGACACAAUUACAAGGACUCAUCGGAGUCAAGAACAUAGCCGACGAUAUUAUCGUUUAUGGAAGUACUCGCAAGGAACACGAUGAAAAUCUAGACAAGUGCUACAACGUCUAA